AUGAAUCUGCUAUCCGACGACACGAGAGAGCCAGCUCCUGCAAAGAACGAGGAACCUAAGAUAGCAGCUCCAGCUCCAGCACCCGCACCAGCAGUUGCGCCGGCUCCUCCUUCUGCGCCAGCACCUGUCGUUGAAGCACCUCCGCCACCACACGUCCCAACGAAGACCUCAGGCAGAAAGUCAAGCAGACCACACAGCGGAUCACAAUCUCAACCUCGAAUCAAGGAUGAACCACCAGCACAUAUCGCUCCUCAGCGUGGUACGGAUACCACUUCUCGCCCAGCUCCUACAUCCGCCUUACCGCCGCAGACUGGGCCUCCCAGUUUGACUAUUCGCGACACGGAGGCUGCGUAUAAGGAGAUAGAAGCACGGGAUUUGUCUGAUGUGGAAGUGGACAUGCCAGGCAUUGAAGUGCCAAGGACUGAAUUUCAGCAGAGAACCACAAAGCGUGCUUUGGAGAACGAGGUUGCAGAGACCGUGAAGCGCAAGCGACGACGGUACAACUUGAUGCAAAAGUAUCACGAUCACUUUGCCGCGGCAGCAGAGACUGAGAAGAGCCUGUUCAUUGAUCAGCAUGAACAUGAGGUCGCCGAGGAAGUACGACAGAAAGAGAUCGAAGAGGACAAGGAGCGAAAGAAAGAUCAGCAGCGGAAGCGACGACGGGAGAAGGCCAUCGCGGACGAACAGCAGAAGCGUGACGAAGCGAUCCAGACACUGGCAACUGUUCAGGACGAGGAUGAAAAGGCACGUAUCGAGCGUGACAUUCAGCGUUACGACAAAAAGAUCCGAGAUACGCAAAGUCGCCUACAGGGCAUCACACCGUCCAAGGAGUUCCGAAAUGAAUCGCCCCAUACUACAGCAGCUCUUGGAAGACGCGAGCGAGAGGUCAAUCUGGAUGGACGUGGACGUGGCGGCCGUGGCGGGGGAGCUGGUAGGGCCAGGAAGAGCAAAGAGCAGAAGCAGGCCGAGAAGGAUAACGCUCGUCUCGCCCAAGCCUACAUCGACCAAGGACAAGACCUGCCACUCAUCGCUCCAAAGGAGGAAGAGAGGCUCGCUGCGUACGCAGAGAGAAAGCUUCGAGAAGACUCGGAACCCCUUAGUGAGGUCACCCCUGCUACGUUCGACAUGCAGCCUACCGCUGGUCUUACUGGAAUGGCCAAGUUUGACAGCAAAGGAUACAACCAGAUUUACGAGCAGAUCACUCGCGACAUUGCGAAGGCAGUGCCUAAAGUCGCACGUAUUAAGAAUAACAGCCUUGAUACGAAGCAGAGCAAUGCUCGCAAGACGGCCCAGCUCGCCGCGAAGGAAGCUCGACGAUGGCAGCUACGGACGAACAAGAGUACAAAGGACGUGGCAGCCCGUGCCAAGCGUGCCAUGAGAGAGAUGCUUGGUUUCUGGAAGCGCAACGAGCGUGAUGAGCGUGAAGGCAGGAAGGUAGCCGAGAGGCAAGAGCUUGACAAGGCCCGCAAGGCCGAAGCCGAGCGCGAAGCGAACAGACAGAAGAGGAAGCUCAACUUCUUGAUCUCACAGACCGAGCUGUACUCUCACUUCAUCGGCAAGAAGGUCAAGACAGACGAGAUCGAGAAGCAUGGUGCAGGUGGGGAUGGCGUGGUCCCAAGCGGCCAGACUACCACCGACGAUCCAUCUGCUACGCAUACCGUCGACUUGCCUGAUUCUCUCGCCGACGUUGGGCAGAAGGUCACCAACUUCGAGGACUUGGACUUCGAUGCGGACGACGAGACCGCUCUUCGACAGGCCGCCAUGGCCAACGCACAGAAUGCCAUCAAAGAAGCACAAGACCGUGCCCGAGCAUUCAACAAGUCUGGAGAGGACGAAGAAGGCCAGGACAUCUCCAACGCACAAGCCAACUUCGAUGAGGGUGAGAUGAACUUCCAGAAUCCCACAUCGCUCCAAAGCAUGGAUGUUGCUCAACCGAAGAUGCUUUCGUGCCAGCUCAAAGAGUACCAGCUCAAGGGUCUCAACUGGCUUGUCAACUUGUACGAGCAGGGCAUAAACGGCAUUCUGGCCGACGAGAUGGGUCUUGGCAAGACUGUUCAAUCCAUCUCCGUCAUGGCCUACUUGGCUGAGAUGCAUGAUAUCUGGGGUCCAUUCCUUGUCAUCGCUCCAGCCAGUACUCUACACAACUGGCAGCAGGAAAUCGCCAAGUUCGUGCCAGACAUCAAAGUUCUCCCAUACUGGGGUUCUGCAAAGGAUCGAAAAGUUCUACGCAAGUUCUGGGAUCGCAAGCAUAUCACCUACAGCCGCGACAGUCCUUUCCAUGUGCUCGUCACUUCUUACCAGCUGGUCGUGCAAGACACCGCAUACUUCCAGAAGGUCAAGUGGCAAUACAUGAUUCUUGACGAAGCCCAGGCCAUUAAGUCAUCGCAAUCAUCGAGAUGGAAGUCUUUACUUGGGUUCCACUGCCGAAAUCGACUACUAUUGACCGGUACACCGAUUCAGAACAACAUGCAAGAACUGUGGGCGCUGCUGCAUUUCAUCAUGCCCUCGCUUUUCGACAGCCACGACGAGUUCUCCGAGUGGUUCUCCAAGGACAUUGAGAACCAUGCCCAGUCUAACUCCAAGCUCAACGAGGAUCAGCUACGCCGUCUGCACAUGAUCUUGAAACCGUUCAUGUUGCGUCGUAUCAAGAAGCACGUCCAGAAAGAGCUUGGCGACAAGAUUGAAGAGGAUGUCUUCUGUGACCUCACUUACCGGCAGCGAGCAUACUACACAAACCUUCGCAACAAGAUCAGUAUUAUGGAUCUCAUUGAGAAGGCAGCCGCUGGCGACGAUCAGGAUACAGCGCAUCUCAUGAACCUGGUCAUGCAGUUCAGAAAGGUCUGCAAUCACCCGGAUCUGUUCGAGCGAGCUGAUACCUGGAGUCCACUCGCCCCCUCCUACUUCGCCGAGACCGCGUCGUUCAUGCGUGAGGGUCACAACGUCAAUGUUUCGUACAGCUCUCGCAACUUGAUCGAAUAUUGGCUGCCUACCAUGCUCGGUGAAGAUCCAGGACGACUUGAUGUCGCAGGUCCCAGCAAUGCCACUGCUGGCUGGCGCAACAAGUGGCUCCGCAACGAGCUGACGAUUUGGGAUGGCAAGCACAUUCAGUCUUCUUCAGGCAGGAGCAAGUCAGGCAAGAGCACUAACAGCGGCUUCUCAUGGCUUCGCUUCAUCGAUCAAUCCGCCGGAGAUGCGAUUCGCACUGCUCGACAGAGUCUCAUCGAGCGAAUAACGGACUUGGCCAAAGACGACCAUCAAUUGGCCAAACUCAAGGUCGCCUACGAUGACGACGAAGAGGAGAAAGAGAACGCCGGUUUCACCCCUGCUCAUGCCAUGCUGAACAUCGUCGCUCGCAACGCGCGUAAGCCUCUCUCAGAUGCCACUGCUGACAGUAACUUGAGCAAGCUCUUCAACAUCUCGAAGAAUGCCAUGGAUAACACUGGAUACAGCGUCAUUGAGGCCUGCGCUCUUCCAGCCGCUGCCGCGACGCCAAUUGAACUUGUCUGCUCGAGCAACACUUCCCUGGUCGAAAAGGAGACGAGCUUCUUCAACGUACCGUUGCGGCGUGCUUUGUAUCCUAUCAACAUCCCUACCGAGGAAGCUCUUCUAAAGUCGAAGUUGCCGCCAGCGAAAUACCCAGUCACCAACCUCCUGCCCGAGCCAUCAUCUCAGAAGCAGCGAUACACCAAGGUCCAGGUCCCGAGCAUGCGUCGUUUCGUCACCGACUCUGGAAAGCUCGCCAAGUUGGAUCAGCUGCUUCGCCAACUGAAGGAAGGCGGACAUCGUGUCUUGCUAUACUUCCAGAUGACGCGCAUGAUCGAUUUGAUGGAAGAGUACCUGACGUACCGCAACUACAAGUACUGCCGUCUGGAUGGUUCCACGAAGCUCGAAGAUCGUCGAGACACCGUGGCGGCCUUCCAAAGCUCGCCAGAGAUCUUCGUCUUCUUGCUGUCUACCCGUGCUGGUGGAUUGGGUAUCAACUUGACAUCCGCAGAUACCGUCAUCUUCUACGACUCUGACUGGAACCCUACCAUCGACUCGCAAGCCAUGGACAGAGCUCAUCGUCUCGGUCAGACAAGACAAGUCACAGUCUACCGUCUCAUCACUCGCGGCACGAUCGAAGAGCGUAUCCGCAAGCGAGCGUUGCAAAAGGAAGAGGUCCAACGUGUCGUCAUCUCUGGCCAAGCCGGCAGUAACGUUGUCGACUUCAACAACCGGAGUCGCGAGAACAACCGCACCAAGGAAAUGGCCAUGUGGCUUGCGGAUGACGAUCAGGUGGAAGCCAUCGAGCGACGUGAAGCCGAAGUCAUGGAAGAAGAAGCCAAGGCUGGCGGGAAGCGGAAACGCAAGGCUCCUGCGGCGAAGAAGAAGGAGAUGAGUAUGGACGAUAUGUACCACGAAGGCGAGGGCAAAUUCGAAGACGGCCAGUCCCACGAUCCUUCUGGCGCCGCAACGCCUGUGUCGGCGAUGGAGGGCGGUCCACCCCUGAAGAAACGCAAGGGCAUCAGCAAAAAGGCCAAGACGGUCCGUCAGCGGCUCGCCGUCGUUGAUGGCGAGGUGGGAUAG